UAAAAUUCGGACCUUUUCGUAAAUAUUAGUUUUUGAGGAACUCGGCGGCAUUUUGUGCCAACUAAUCACUAAUUCCUAAUUAUCUCCACCAUCCGUUUAACCUAGCCGCAACCCUCCUUAAUUCCUCCCUCAUUGCGCCCGUACGGCUCCACCCUCCCAUACGCGUGCACGACGCCGUUGAUCACCGUCAUCGUCACCAUCGUCCGCGGCCGCCGCCACAAUCCUCAUCCGUUGGCAUUUUUUUUGAUUCGUCGUCGACGACAUUUUAUUGUCGUCGUUUCUAUCUUUAAGAAGGUACCGAGACUGAUUUGCCGGGCGGGGCUGAGACUAAGUGAACGUUAGACGUAGCAAGUUUUGAUUUUAGUCCCUUUUGUUUUUACAUCUAGUAUUUUCGAAUUAUCUAUGAUCGUUUGUUAUCUAUUUUGUUUCGUUAUAUCUUCGUACCCACUUUUGUCACUUAUAGUAUUUCCGAACCUCUCUUGUGAUUCGUAGUAAGCUUUAGUUCUAUAGAUGUUAGAAUUCCAUUUGAUUUUAGUUAAAAUUCAAUUUCUUAGUCUCAUCCUAUGAUUCUUUGGAUUUAGUGAAAAAUUUGGUAAUCAUCAUUUUGCUAGCUUCCGUCUGAUUCUGUAGCCUUGCAUAUUUGCUAGUUUAGCAGGUAUGCGGCGUCUGUUACGCCUCGGGUUUGGGGCGUAACAGAGAAAUGGUAUCAGAGCAUAGGUUUAAGAUCUCUAGGAAUUUUUAAGGUAUAGGACUGUGAGAGCUUAUUAGGACGUGUGAGGAUGAGUAGAAGUAAGCGUAUAUCUGAAUUUGUUUCGCUGCUGCUUUGCAGUUUCGAUUAACAUCUCGUAUUUAUGUGGUUGUGAUCUCUCUUUUAAUAAGAUGGUGCGUCCAUCCCGCCAUAGCAACACCAACAACGACCAACCAAGGAACCCACCUCCAGCCGGAUCCGGAGAUGCAGAUAUGAAUGCCACUUUAGCGUCACUUUUGAAUACCACAUCCUCGGCAGCUGUUCCACCUCAAACUAUUGUUCCGCCCACUACCCAGAAUUCGCUACAGUCAACCUUAGCGCCUCCAACGAACCCUUCGGCUUUUGUUCCACCUCUGCAACAGACUUUUAGUACGGGGAUGCCUUCGACGGCCGCUCACACUACCUUUUCGUUUCCGCCGUCGACUGCACAUCCUAGUUUUGUUCCGCUACCGCCGCAAACCACUAUUCCAACCCACUCCGCCACUUUACCUCAGAGCACCACGAUGGAUCCCCUGGUUGCCACCUUGAUACAAGCUGUUGUCGGGCUAGUUCAGACUCAGCAACAAAGUUUACAGCAGAAUCCAGCUCCUAGUGCCGCAGAAUCAAGUUCCAGAGUUCGAGAGAGGAGCAUCAAUGAAUUUAAGAAGUCUGCUCCUCCACCUUUUUCGGGCGCUACAAAUCCGGACGAAGCAGAAAAUUGGAUCAAAGAGAUGGAGAAGGCAUUUUCGGCCAUGCAGUGCACCGAUGAGGAGAAAGUCAGAUUCGGGACGUUCAUGCUUCAAGGCAGAGCAAAUAAUUGGUGGGAAAGCGAGUUGAGAACUCGCGGCAAUGAUUUAGCAGCCCUUUCAUGGAAGGAUUUUCGAUCAUCAUUUUAUGCAAAGUACUUCCCAAGGAGCAAGCUUCGCCAGCUUGAAAGACAAUUUCUAGAUUUGAAGCAGGGUUCGAUGUCUGUGGAGGAGUACGAGGCCGAGUUUGACCGACUAUCCCACUUCGCCCCAAAACUAGUAAAUGAUGAUGAGUCACGAGCUAAGAGAUUUGAGGAAGGAUUGAAUGGACAUAUUCGCACUGGUCUCGCACCGCUACACCUUGAGGCAUAUGAUGAUGUCGUUUCCAGAGCGAAAUCUUUGGAUUCAGUAUGGAGGCAAACUCGAGAAGAGCGAAAUGCAAAUCAGAAGAAGAGGAAUAGAGAUUCUUUCAGAGAAGGUGAUAGAAAUGCGAGAGAAGUGGACGGAUCUAAUGACUCGGGGAGGCCGCGUAAUACACCAGCUCCUCGAGGUGGACCACCAAAUCGAGAUCAGAAGCCGAAAUGUUCAGUUUGUGGUGGAUGGCAUAAGGAUUCGGCUGCAGGCACGUUACUGGUGGUUGUUUCAGAUGUGGAGAUUUGAACCAUCGAAUAGCUCAGUGCCCUCUACUUAGCACUGACUCUAGCACUGGAUCCAAGCCUCAGGAGAAAUUUGCUGCUCCAGCCUGUCGUGAUCGUGCCCCUCCUACUGGUCAGUCUAGAGGUGGAAGACCUCGGACACGGUCGUGUUCAGGCUCUGUCUCAGCAGGAUAUCCAGGCAUCUAAUGAUGUAGUCCCUGGUAUUCUUCCCGUGGCUUUUAUUUUUGCUUGUGUUCUCUUUGAUUCUAGAACUACUUAUUCCUUUAUCUCUUAUGCUUUUGUUCGAAAUCAUUUGUUAACCUCCGAACCCUAGGAGCACCGACCAAUCAGGUCUUCUAGAAUGUACACGAUUAUGUAUAAAUAACACUACCACUCUACUUCUAGGUUA